UUAUGAUUGGCUUUCCGUUGGAAGAUGGCGUUCGCAUCACUUGAUUUUUGUCAACAAAAACAACACAAGUUCUAGCUGGCUGUGCUGCUCUAAGUUUUCCAAAGGAUUUCAGGAUUUCAGUAAAAAAAAACAUGGAUCAAGAGGAUGAAGAAGUAUUUGAGAUUGUUGAUUUCACAUCUGCGUCUGAGUGGGAAGUGUUUACUUCAAGAUUGGAAGAAAUUCUAUUCUCUUGGCAACUAUCUCUAAAAGACAAAGAAGAAGAAACUACAGUUUUUCUAGGUCUAAAUGGAGAAUGGAAAUCCUCAUCUGAAGACAUCAGCUUCGCAGGACAUCCUUUCAUAUUAACACACCAUUGGGUAGAAGAAUCUGCUGAAAAAGGAAAAAGAAGCGAAUCGGUUGUAGAAAAAAAAGGCUGCCAAGUGUUUGAAUCUUUAAUGGACAAAAACCAUGACUUUCCUUUCAACAAAUGCCAUUCGCUCGCAAAAUUUUACGGGCUCGGUGAUUUUGUUAUUAUGUCUCCAGCGGGCAAUGAAAUGUUGACUUCAGAAGACCGAAUCAAUCUCCUUCUAAGCUCCGUUACCAUCGCAGUUAAUAACGUUCAAAGUCGAGUUCCGGUGUUUGUUCAGUUACAUUCCAAGUCCCAGCAACUUUAUCAAGGAACAUUUGAAUCUAAAAAUCUUCGAACGGACUUUCAAAUGGUUCAUCUCAAACGUAUCCCCCCAACUUGUAAACACUUGUCAGGACUAAUUGAGCUUUUCAAGGAAAAGAUUGGAAGUAGUUCAAUCAACCCUGUAGAGUGUUCGGUGUGUUUAACUUAUUCUUUAAUCGAUAUACGAAAUGCUGGAUGGGAUAACUGGCCUCAACAACCGCCAGAUUUUGAAUCUAAAGGAGGAGUGGUAGGAAACGCCACUCUUAGCCAACUUGGUUUUGGUGCAAUUAAGGAUCCCAUAAAGGAAAUUCUGGUUUCUGCAGUUUGGAAUAACAAUCUGAACGAAGAUGUAGUGGUUGACAGUGAAGUGUACACGGACUUGGUUCCCAUUGAAGCGCCUCUAUGGAUUGUUCGCCUUGUGUUGAACGAUAAAGUGCCGUCAUUACUCAUCAAGAGCCUUUGUUCAUUCCUAGAUUUGUGCGGUUCAAAGGAAUCUACUGAACAACUUCUUGGCAAAAACUACACGGUUCUUCAAAGUCCAGACAGUCCGGAAUAUGAGCGUGCUCUAGGAGCCUUAACUAAAGAACGAACAGGUUAUGGGAUAUUGUCCUCUAAAAGAUUGCCUUUUGGUAGUAAAAAAGCUCAAACUGGUGGACCGAUUCCCGAAAAUAUGUUGGUGAAUCUUCUCAAUUUUCUGUUUCCGGACGCUGAAGGAGAUUUAGAGAUUCAAACUCAUCCGUAUCCUGAAGAGUUUCAGUCCGACUGUUCUGCCUCUUUGGACAUUAAAUGGAAGGAAAGUUUCUCGGCCUUCAAGACGUCUCCAGUGGACAGUUUGGUGUGGCGGCUGGCCACCACUGCCGUCUACACAAUGACACACCUCAACGGGAUCGAGGGUGUAGCCCAUUGGUGGCACGAGAUCGUUCUAGAACUGCGCUAUCGCUGGGAACAUGGAUAUACUAUUCCGGGGUUGAAGACUGGCAUGCCCGAUUUGAACUACUGCCGCUUAUAUCAAAAACUGCAGAUGUUGAAUUGCUGCAUUGAACACAAGAAAGUGAGCACUUCGGGGCCGCCGGUUGAUCUGGCGGAUGAGGACGAAUUCUACGACGCCGAAGAGACUCUGGAGUCGAUUGAGGAGACGCCACCAAAAGAGCGCCAUUCGGCCUGGAACCAGCCGCAAGGCCGCAAAGAGCGAACCAAAAUGAAGUUACUCCGUUCGGGCGAAACGCUAUACAUACCCGUGACUCAAGCCCUUUUGCCUAUGACGGAAGAUAUGAUAGAGGAGCAGUCUGAAAUGAUGGAACAACUCGGUGAUAACGCUGAGGGAUCAGAGUUGCGCGCUAGAAUCCUCUCCGCCUCUCUUCUCUCCGACAUGGAAUCAUUUAAAGCGGCCAAUCCUGGAGCCCAGAUUGAGGACUUCGUCCGCUGGCACUCACCAAGGGACUGGAUUGAAGAGGAGGUAGUAACAUCCGACGGUUGCAAAAUUGAAGGUCGUUUGAGCGGGAGGAUGCAGACGCCGGGCAAUCUUUGGCAGGAAAUGUGGCGGACGGCCAAGCCAGUCGUGGCCUGGAGACAGAAACGUCUUUUUGACGAUACCAAAGAGGCCGAGAAAAUUCUUCACACUUUCUCUGCUCUAAGACCAGCUCAAAUAGCAUCCCUGCUUCUUCCGACAAUAAUUCACGCAUCGGUUAACCGGCUGCUAGAAGAAUUACCCUCAACUACACAACUGCCCGACGCUAUUUCUAAUUGCCAGGCAGCCAUAUCCAAGAUCGUGCAAAUUGCCCGCCAUUCACCACUCGAAUUACAACAAUAUGAGGAUUUGCUUCCAACGCUCCAGACGGUCGAAGUUCACUUGUCACAAUUUAAUGCAUUGCGUCGCAGAAUGAUCAGCUACGAAAACUGGGAAGGCGUUGAUGACUUUGUCACUCGCCUUUUAAUCGAUAAUUACGUCUCUCUACCGGGCGGAUCGCACACUCCGGCAGGAAUUGCUUUACUUAGAGCUUUAGAAAACCUUAAUAAGGAUGAUGCAUCUACAUUACCUCCUCCUGUGAAAAAAGAAUUUGUCCUCAGGGCUAUGGCGCGUCGUCCAGGCAACGGUUCGACCUCCAGCUGUCAGAAGAUGUUCUGCAGCAUCGAUGAAGAUUCGAUCCGUUUGGCCGGGGCUUGGACUCAGGAUAUUUUAUUUUAUUGAAAAGUGAUGGAAAAGUCUCCGAGGCCAUUGAAAUGGUGUAUUUACCUUCUUUUGUUAGCGCUCGUGUGUCGUGUUUGCGCAAUACAAAUUUUUCUUAAUUUCAAAUACACUGCAAUAUUAACCAAGUUCUUGAUGAAAAAAUACAACUGCGAAAGGAUUUA